CCACCACGUGGCAUAACUCAAAGCGGACCCAAAGCACAAACAAACACCACCCUCUAAAACGCCACCACCACCAUAGUCUCCUGACUUUCUGCACUCUCCAUCUUCCUCCGAUCGACAACUAAAGAAGAAGAAGAUAAAAUGACGGAGGCGGUGAUAAGGAAUAAGCCGGGAAUGGCAAGCGUGAAGGACAUGCCGAUCCUCCAAGAUGGGCCUCCACCGGGUGGUUUCGCCCCGGUCCGAUACGCCCGCCGGAUACCCAACAAGGGCCCGAGUGCUAUGGCUAUCUUUCUAGCUGCUUUUGGUGCCUUCUCUUAUGGGAUGUACCAGGUCGGCCAAGGCAACAAGAUCCGCAGAGCACUGAAGGAAGAAAAGUAUGCUGCACGACGAGCAAUAUUGCCAGUGCUUCAAGCUGAAGAAGAUGAAAGAUUUGUCAAAGAGUGGAAGAAGUAUCUUGAGUAUGAGGCUGAAGUGAUGAAGGAUGUGCCAGGUUGGAAAGUAGGUGAAAGUGUAUACAAUUCUGGGAGAUGGAUGCCCCCUGCAACUGGAGAGCUGCGUCCUGAAGUUUGGUGAUACCUUUUUGUCAACCAUGCUAGCUUUUUAUGUUGCUUGGUGUUUUGCACAUUAAGAGAAAUAAAAGAUUUGAACAGAAACUUAUUUCUGUAUGGAGAGUAUUACCAGAUAUGAUCAUUAUUUGUUUGCCCCCAACCUCUUCUUCCCAUAACCUGAAAAUGUGUAAGGAAGACUCUUUGUAACCAACUUAUUUUCAUGAAAAUACUGCCAUUGCCAGCUAAGUUUAGUAGGAAAGACAUUCUAUUUGGUGGGUAAGGUUUCAGUUCUUAAUGUUUACCUAAUAAAAGAUUAACUUUUCGGAA